AUGGACAACUCCGGGAAAGAGAAAGAAGCGAUUCAGCUCAUGGCCGAUGCUGACAAAAAAGUCAAGUCCUCUGGCUCCUUUUUGGGAGGGAUGUUUGGAGGGUAAGAGCACUGCACCAAAGAACAACAGCUAGCAAAGCGUGAACUGUCAGCAGCAGCAAAGUUGGCACGCAGCCUGUUUCUCUUGAGAUAACCAUUCAGAUGUUAUAUGUUUACAUGCAGAACAUUACAGCGGUGUGGUGAGGGAGUACAUCAGUGAGAGACAUCAUCUUACAUUCAGGAACAUAAUUCAUGUCUGACAGAUAGCCAAGUAAGCUUUUACUGUCCCUAUAAACAAGGCAGUACAUCACAAUUUCCUCCUGCAAUAUACGCAGUGGACUGAAGCUCUGUGCACGAUUUAUCAGUAUGAUUUAUUGCAUGAUAAAUACCCUUCUCUAUGGUUAUUUUAAUGUGAUCUAUACACGAAGAAAUAUACCUGUUUUGUUUUGCAGCCAUUGCAUUGAUGUUCAUUGUUAUUUUGAAGACAAACCCCAUCAACACUUUGGUUAAUCUACAAAAACCAAUUUUAUUGAAGUUGGGAAAUUGUGAUAAACGUAAAUAAAAACAGAAUACAAUGAUUUGCAAAUCCUUUUCAACCUAUAUUCAAUUGAAUACACUACAAAGACAAGAUAUUUAAUGUUCAAACUCAUAAACUUAUUCUUUUUUUUGCAAAUAAUCAUUGAGAAGUUGGGAAAGGUGGCAAAAAGUACUGAGAAAUUUGAGGAAUGCUCAUGAAACACCUUUUUGGAACAUCCCACAGGUGAGCAGGCUAAUUGUGAACAGGUGGGUGUCACGAUUGGGUAUAAGAGCAGCUUCCCCAAAAAUUCUCAGUCCACUUUUAGACAGAAACGGUCGCCAUAGAAAAUGGAAAAGUGCUGUUUCGUUUUCAGUUUUCAUGCUGUGUUUACACGAAAACGCAAUGUGGUUGAAAACGCUGUAAUGUGCAUGCCAGGUCGCUGGGUGGCGCGUGUCGAUGUGACCGCGCUCCCAUAUAGACCAACAAUGCAUACGUAGAACAACUUCCGUUCUGCCAAUUGGCACAUUAAUUAUUUGAUGCAAAUAAUUUAGACGCCUCCUCUGCUGAGCAGUAUGAUCCGUGAGGAUUCUGUACAGGUUGAAAUUGAGCUCCUGCCCGUUCAAUAAUAACAACAGCGCGACUCGAAUGUCUUGCAUGGUUGUUGUUGUUAUUUUCAAGGAAGCUGCGCAUGGCUAUGAUGUCAUAAGCGUGAGCCGAUGUGAGCCAGGACAUCACAGGUUUGACCGUUUUCAGCGUUUUUGUACUCUAGACGAAAGCGGGACUAGCACAGCAUUUACAACAUUUCCACUCUGGAGGGGGUUUUCACUUUGUUACGUUUUUAUCCGUCUAAAAGUGGCCUCAGUCAUUCCCAAGCAAGGAUGGGGCGCGGUUCACCACUUUGUGAACAACUGCGUGAGCAAAUAAUUGUCUUUUUCAUGGACGCCCCUGCUUAUUUCAGCAAGACAAUGCCAAGCCACAUUCUGCACGUGUUACAACAGCGUGGCUUCGUAGUAAAAGAGUGCGGGUACUUGACUGGCCCGCCUGCAGUCCGGACCUGUCUACCAUUAAAAAUGUGUGGCGCAUUAUGAAGCGUAAAAUACGACAACGGAGACCCCGGACUGUUGAACAACUGAAGCUGUACAUCAAGCAAGAAUGGGAAAGAAUUCCACCUUCAAAUCUUCAACAAUUAGUCUCCUCAGUUCCCAAACGUUUAUUGAGUGUUGUUAAAAGGAAACACCUAAACAAAGAUCAAUUACUCCCUCAUCAUGCAUUAUGUUUGUAUUCUUGCAUUAGAAUAUAAUUCCCCUAUUCAAACACACUAAUUUGAGUCAUAUAGAAAUGCAGCUCAUCUUGUAUCAAAGGAUUUUAUCUUGUAAUUGUGACGAGAACAUAGAAGAUUCAGCGAGUAUAGGCUCUUAAUACAAAAAGCCUGCUGUAAAACUCUGUCCUUUGUGACCCACAGAUGUUUCUAGCCUGCAGUUCUUGAGCGUGAUAACCUUUGGCAGGCUUAAUACUGGUAAUUCUGCAGCCAUCCAAGCUGUGAAGUAAUCCUCCGCUAUGAUUGAAUGGCCAGAAUAUUAUUACAACUCCAGGGGGCACACAGGGGUCCACAUCUUGUCCUCAAGGGGGAGAGAUCUAUAGGGCCUGUGAUGAGGGAUUUACUUAAGCCUGGCUGCCAAUGUGGGAAUUGCAUUACAUUGAGAGAUGCAAGUUUUACACUGCAUCAACCCAUAUUGCAUCACGGCAGAAUUUAUAGGAUAAAACAUUUAUGCUUAUUAAUAUUAUAUUAGUAGUUUAGUAUUUCCAUGUUUAUAUUCUUUUUCAUGUAUUAAUCAGUUUUCUUUUGUUUCUGUCGUUGUGUAGAGGACAUCACAAAGUGGAGGAAGCAUGUGAGAUGUACUGCAGAGCAGCCAACAUGUUCAAGAUGGCCAAGAACUGGAGCGGUGAGAUCACUUUUAUAUUUACUUAUUUUUACAGAAGAAUCCUUGCUUAAAAAGAAUCGUACAACCCCUCUGCAAAAUGAAAAGUCCUUGUUUGAAAUUUUUCGUCCUUGUCUGCUUUCCUUUGUCUUCAGCUGCUGGGGGAGCGUUUUGCAAGGCGGCACGUCUCCAUAUGCAGCUGCAGAACAAACACGACUGUGCCACCAGUUUCAUUGAUGCUGGAAAUGCUUACAAGAAGUCCGACCCUAAUGGUGAGAUGAAUUUCAUGUCUAAACUGUUUGUGCCUGUAUUUUUAUUUCCAUGAUUAAUCAAAGUGUUAGUCCUGAUUAGAUGAGCUGUUAUGAAGAGUGUUUACAGGAUGUCCUGGUUGCUACAUAAUUCCCACGUCAUGCAGAGUGGAAACAAAGCCACAAAGCCUGGCUAGUGGGACAUGUUUCUGUCACAUCAAUUUGGCUAGUCUCAAGAUAUAAAUCACAAGAUGUAUUUUAAUGUCUCUUGUGUGUGGACGAUGUCCUGAAAGCACUACCUUGCAUACUCCAUAAUACUCCACAGAAAAUAACAGCCUAUAGAUCACAACAAAACCCAAUUCUAUUGAAGUUUGGAAAUUGUGAUAAACGUAAAUAAAAACAGAAUACAAUGAUUUGCAAAUCCUUUUCAACCUAUAUUCAAUUGAAUACACUACAAAGACAACAUAGUUAAUAUUCAAACUCAUAUUAGAGUAAUUGGUACAUCUUCCCAACUUCAUUGGAAUUGGGUUUUGUAUUUUCUGUGCUCCCAAAAUAGUUUUGACCUCCUCAGCCAGUUUUCAUAGAGUCUUUUACAGUUAGCCUGUAGUUUUGAGCCAGAUCUCACUUUUUCCAGCGUGUCAUUGUGUCUUUGACUGCUUUUGCUAAAACCCAAGAGUGCAUGAAUCACAUCAUAUUAGAGUAAUUGCUCUUAAACUGCAUGAAAAUUUUGAUUCAUGAAAACUUGAUAAAUUUUUAUUCUCUGUGGCCUUGUCUAAUAUCCCUCCACCCCUUGCAUGCAGCUAACUGGGACUUUUUGUUUUACCACACACCUCAGCUCCCUGUUUUAAAAUAACUAAACCUUUGGUCGGACAUGAAGUGGGGUGCUGCGUUAAAGCCUGUUUGGUUGUAACAAACUAACACAAUGUCUAACUGUUCCCUCCUCUUCCCUCUAUGCUGACAAAAGAGGCAAUCAAGUGUUUAAAUGCUGCCAUCGAUAUAUACACAGACAUGGUAAGAAGCACAAAGAAGAGUCCAUGUAUGUUCUGCUCCAUAACAGUCAAUUUGGCUGCAUUAUUUUUCUCCCUGCCUUCCCCACCCUCCUGCAUUUGAGUGUUUGUCUCAUGUCUCUAUAUUUAUACACCCCCCUGGUUUGUUUACCUGACACCGGUGCCUUGAAAUCAAAUUGGCUUCUUGUUCAUCUUUUUAGCGAAGGAUUAAUUUCAGAAGCUAAAACCUCGUAGAUGUGUGGCCACGGGCUACUACUUAACCUCGCCUGUCUGUACUGUCUUGUAACACAAAGCUUUCAUUGACCUAAGAGGCAUCAGUGGAUAAAUCCAGUUAGUAAUGAUUUCUCCUCCUCCUCCUCCUCCUCAAGGGAAGAUUCACUAUCGCGGCCAAACACCACAUCAGUAUUGCAGAGGUCUACGAGGCUGAGCUGGUGGAUAUAGAAAAGGUAUCACAACCAUUCCUUUUUAAUAUGAAUAUAUUUGAUUUAUUUUGCGACUGUAUCUGUUAUUUAUUCAUUUUACUUCUUUUAAAGGCUAUUGCACAUUAUGAACAAGCAGCAGACUACUACAAAGGAGAAGAAUCCAACAGGUACUAUUUGAUUUCAGCUCUAAAACUGGACGUGUGUGAGAAAGUCAAAGUGGGGAGUCUCUUCUUGUUGUUUGAAUUUGUUAUUUGAAUCAUCAACAGCUGUGAGGCUUAUGCAUAUACAGUAUGCUGCAUAUUUCAGAGGGGUGGAUCAACAAGGAUUAGUCACGGCUGCCAGCUCUAAGCCAAUUAUAGUUACAGGGAAAUCAUUUUCAUGCAUUAUAUAUUAUAUUAUAUUAUAAAAAAAAAAGUCGUUUUCUCAACUCUUGUCAUUUUGCACAUUUUGAAUUCUUGCUGCUGCCACUAAUUAACGAGCAUAUGACACUGUAUCACUUAGCAAAUCCCGGAAAAAGUGACAACAUUAAUUGUACUUAUUACUGUAAUUGAUUACACCUCUUUGUUCCCAAGUUCACACACUGUAGUAGUUUGUGUUUUGAAUAUUUAUGAUAAGAUUAUUGGUAAAACGUGUCACUUCUGUGCUCGGCCCUCUUUACAGUUCUGCCAACAAGUGUCUGCUGAAGGUGGGGGCUUACUGCGCUCAGUUGGAGCAGUACCAGAAGGCUAUAGAGAUCUACGAGCAGGUGCGUUUUGUCUCGUGCUUCUCAAUCAAUACCAACGUCAAGAUGCUGAUAUUUCUAUUUCUACCGCGGUUUUUAUGAUGUGUUUCCAGGUCGGAGCGAACACCAUGGACAAUCCGUUGCUGAAAUACAGCGCCAAAGAGUAUUUCUUCAAAGCCUCCCUCUGUCACUUCAUCGUGGACGAGCUCAACGCUAAGGCGAGUUUAUAAAUCCUACCAUUUUACGCUCGCAGAGUUUAGGAACGGGGCGUGCGGAUUUUAACACGCUGUCUCUCCUCAGAUCGCUGUUGAAAAAUACGAGGAGAUGUUUCCAGCCUUCUCAGACUCAAGAGAAUGCAAACUGUUGAAGGUAACCUCGCUCUAAAAACUCUGAGGACUCUGAAAGCGUACUCUUUCCUCUUAAUCUGCUCCGUUUCUGGGAGUAACGCACGUCUGUCUUUGUCUGAACAGAAACUUCUCGAAGCUCAUGAGGAACAGAACAGCGAGGCUUUCACAGAAGCAGUAAGUUUUCAACUCUGGAGGAAAGUUUUAAAAGAGGGCUGCCGAGGCGACCCUCUGCUGCUGUAGUUUGGUUCUCUGGUGUUCAGGAACUUUAGAGGCUAGAUCCCAGGUAUCCAUUCACUCCCAGAGGGCUGUGGGUUUACACGGACCUUUUGUUUUUAUAGGUAGAGCCUUUAAAUGUUUUUCAAAGUGAGAGACAGAGGAGUUUCAGCAGCUGAUGGAUGUUUUGUUGGUGGCAGAAUAGAUUUGUAAAUCCUGCUGUUUUAUCUGGAAAUACUUGGAAAUGUAUGAAACCUCCUUAAAUGUAAUCCUACUACUCCUUUAAAAACCCCGUAUGUCCCUUCACCUCCUGCAGGUAAAAGAGUUUGACUCGAUCUCACGCCUGGACCAGUGGCACACAACCCUCCUGCUGCGCAUCAAAAAGACCAUCCAGGGUGAUGAAGGGGAUCUGAAAUGA